AUGACAUCAAACAAUUUAUCCAUCUCUAUUGCAUUGUUCAAAGGCGAUAACUAUCAUUCAUGGGCCAUCAAAAUGAAAGAAUACAUGAAAGCUCUUAAUUUAUGGGACGUUAUUGAGAGUGACACUAAGUCUACUCCUCUUCCAAGAAAUCCAACAUCAGGCGAAAUCAAGAAACAUGAAGAAGAAAUGGCACGAAAGCCAAAGGCACUUUCAUGUUCCAUUCAACGGUGUUUGAAGAGAUUUUUACAACAAUCAUGGGUUGUGAGUCUCUUAAGGAAGCAUAGGAAAAAAAUCAAAGAAGAGUUCAAAAGCAACCAACAAACCAAACUUAUGCAAAUUCUCAACCUCAAAAGGGAGCUUGAGAUUAUGGGGAUGAAAAGUAAUGAAGGUGUCGAAGAAUAUGGUAGUAGGUUGAUUUCCAUUGUCAAUCAAAUCAAAUUACUUGGUGGAGAAUUUUCAAGUCAGAGAGUCGUGGACAAGCUUUUGGUAACUCUUCCGGAGUGGUAUGAGACUAAAAUUUCUUCACAUAAAGAUAUUAAAGAUCUCUCAAAAUUAACCGUCUCAGAAUUAAUCAAUUCUCUCCUGCCGUCGACCAAAGGAGAUCAAUGA